AUGUUUAUGUCAUCGACUUUCAUAAUAUCACAGGCAGUAACCCUUUUGUUUUUACUUCGAUUCUCGCCAUGGAAAACUUUAUCAGCCAAUCAACCAAUUGCCACCUCCUCAAGGACAACUUCUCAUGCUCUUUUUGAAUCACUAUUAUUUAUUACUAUUAAUGUUGCAUCUGUACUUGUUUUGAUGUGUGAUUUCUUGCACAAGAGUCUCAAGAUUGCCAUACUUAUAGAGACAACUAUCGUGUACUUGAUGUACGCCAUUGACAACUCCAAAAAAACCACUAUUGAUCGAGAGGAUAUGACAUGGAACUGCAAAUUGAGGAAUUUAAAUGAUGAUCUACUAAAGAUUGUCAUAAUCUACAAUAUAAUUCUAAUAAACAAAUUAGAACCAACAACUGCCAUUAAAUUGAUUGACAUUGCUAUGAAGGUCUUUUGUUUAUUUCUUAUGUUGAGAUAUGAAUUCAGAAAUGAGCAAGUGAUCGAGCUUCUGGAGAAGGAGUUUAUCGUAUAA